AUGUUCGCAGUUCCAGGAUGGUCAGUCUCGCCGAGUCUGUUAAAGACUCAAAAAGCGGUGCCUGUCGCUGCAGCUUCAAAGGCCCAUGAAGAAGGAGCGCCUGCCGAGACAAAAUCAAGCAAGAAACGCAAACGCGCAAAGAAUCCAGAUGUUAACGCAGCGAACUUGUCGGAACUUUGGGAAUCGGUUAUUGAAGGCAAACCAAAAGCAAAGAAAGUAAAGAAUGCUGAAGAGGAUGGAGAAACAAAAGAGAAGGUAGCCAAGGAAGCCAGCACAGUUGAGGUUGAGAGUAAACCGGCAAAACCUUCAAAUGAAUCGACAGAAGCUUCGGAAUCCAAAAAAGAAAAGAAGCAAAAGAAAAAUAAGAAAGAUAAGAAAGACAAGGACUCAAAACCAUCUGAUAAUGAUCAAAUUACGAAAGACGAUACCUCCAAUGCUGCCUCGAGCAAAGCUCCUCAACCUCCUAAGCCCGCUGCGAAAUUGACACCACUCCAAGCUUCUAUGCGUCAAAAGCUCAUCUCCGCCCGCUUCCGUCACCUCAAUCAAUCUCUAUAUACUACUCCAUCCGCCGAAUCCCUCGCUACAUUUCAACAAAACCCAGAAAUGUUCACCGAGUACCACGAAGGUUUCCGUCGCCAAGUAGAAGUCUGGCCCGAAAACCCCGUUGACGGUUACUCUCUCCAAAUCCGCCAGCGCGGUAAACUCAGACGAGAUAUGCGAGGUCAACCCGCCCAGGAAAAGACCGAUCUCACUCCAUUACCAAGAACCGACGGUACAUGUCGCAUUGCUGAUCUGGGAUGCGGCGAUGCAGCGCUCUCUACAGGUCUCCAAAAAGAUCUCAAGAAACUCAACCUGAAAAUCCACAGUUUCGAUCUCCAAAGUCCCAGUCCCCUCGUCACGCGUGCGGAUAUUGCGAACCUCCCUCUCGAAGACGGAAGUAUCGAUAUUGCAAUCUUCUGUCUGGCGCUCAUGGGAACCAAUUGGAUCGACUUCAUCGAAGAAGCCUUCCGCAUUCUCCGCUGGAAAGGUGAACUCUGGAUCGCCGAAAUCAAAUCCCGCUUCGGUCGCGUAGGAGGAAACAACAAGAAAGUCGUCGAGCACAGCGUCGGCCACCGCAAAAAGAACCAACCCGUCAACAAAAAAGCUAUCAAAGCCGCCGAUGAUGAGGAAAACGAGGCAGAUCUCAUGGUACACGUUGAUGGUAACGAAGACAACAAGCAGGAAACCGACGUUUCGGCUUUCGUUGAAGUCCUUAAGAAGCGAGGAUUUGUUUUGCAAACGGAAAAAUCGGUGGAUUUGAGUAACAAGAUGUUUGUCAAGAUGCAUUUUGUCAAGGGUGCGACGCCUAUCAAGGGCAAGUGUGUACCAGUGCCAAAGGGUAUGCCAGAAGGAGAGACGUGGAAGAAGAAGCCCAAGGCUAAGUUUUUGGAUGAGCCCGAGGAGGUACCUGUUUCCAGCGAGGCGGCAGUUCUAAAACCUUGUGUUUAUAAGUUGAGGUAG